AUGACUGAGCAAGACAAAAAUGACAAAGCGAUAAAUUUGCCGUAUAAAAGCUUUGGCGGAGUUGAAAUUAAGUCACACAUUAUAUUUUCUCAUAUCAUAAACCAAGAUAUGCAAACUAUUUCGGUACUCGCUGUUCUUGCACUCGCUUUCUGCUGUACAUUAGCGCUCGAUGUAAAAUUGAACCAACACUGGAAAUUAUGGAAAGAAAAGCACAACAAGCUCUAUUCCGAUGGGGAAGAACAUGUUCGCCGAGCUAUCUGGGAAGGUAACUUGAAAAAAGUUCAAGACCAUAAUCUUCAAGCUGACCUUGGUGUUCAAACAUACUGGCUCGGAAUGAACAAAUACGCCGAUUUAUCAAUCAGUGAAUUCGUCAGAAUGAUGAAUGGUUUCAAUGCUACUUUACGUGGACCAAGAAGCCAACAACGUAAUACAUUUAGUUUCGAUCCCACAGUCGAAUUACCAGACACCGUUGACUGGCGUGAUAAAGGUUAUGUAACUGCCGUUAAAGACCAAGGUCAAUGCGGUUCAUGCUGGGCUUUCUCGAGCACUGGCGCACUUGAAGGUCAACACUUCAAACAAUCUGGCAAACUUGUUUCACUCUCUGAACAAAACUUAGUUGAUUGCUCAGGUAAACAAGGUAACAUGGGUUGCAAUGGUGGCUUAAUGGAUCAAGCUUUCGACUACAUCAAAGAAAACAACGGUAUCGAUACUGAAGAUUCCUAUCCAUACGAAGCUGUCGACAAUCAAUGCCGAUUCAAAGCUGCUAAUGUCGGUGCUACUGAUACUGGCUUCACUGAUAUCACAUCAAAAGAUGAAAAUGCUCUUCAACAAGCUGUUGCUACAAUUGGUCCCAUCUCAGUUGCCAUCGAUGCUGGUCACACAUCAUUUCAAUUAUACAAACACGGUGUUUAUAACGAAAUUUUCUGCUCACAAACUCGACUUGACCAUGGUGUCUUAGCUGUUGGUUAUGGUACCGAUUCAGGCAAAGAUUACUGGCUCGUUAAAAACAGCUGGGGCCAAGGCUGGGGUGACCAAGGUUAUAUUAAAAUGAGUCGUAAUAAACGCAACCAAUGCGGUAUUGCUACAGCUGCCAGCUAUCCACUUGUUUAA